CCGUCCUUCUCCUCACUCCCAGCAGGGCAGGAGGAGCCUGGAAGUUUGAUGGCCUUUAACUGAGGGGGGAAAGAACGUUCAUGCUGCUGAUGGAAAGAGCUGAUGGGGGGGAAAGCAUUUUAGGAGAAGAGGACUCCCUCCAGGGAUCGUUAACGGAAACCAGAGACCAUGAACUGGGGAGUCUUUGAAGGACUCCUAAGUGGUGUUAACAAGUACUCCACAGCCUUUGGACGCAUCUGGCUCUCCGUCGUUUUCAUCUUCCGGCUGCUGGUCUACCUCGUGGCUGCUGAGAAAGUGUGGGGCGAUGAUAGCAAAGACUUUGACUGCAAUACGGAGCAGCCGGGCUGCCCCAAUGUCUGCUUUGACCACUACUUCCCAGUCUCCCAUAUCCGCCUCUGGGCCCUUCAGCUGAUCCUUGUCACCUGCCCUUCCUUGAUGGUUAUCAUGCAUGUCGCCUAUCGAGAAGCAAAAGAGAAAAGGUUCAGGGAGAAAUAUGGAGAUAAUGGCAGGCGGCUCUUUCCUGAUGUGGGCAAGAAGCGUGGGGGCUUGUGGUGGACCUAUCUCUUCAGCCUCAUCUUCAAGGCUGCCGUAGACAUCGUGUUUCUCACUGUCUUCUACAUCAUCUACCCAAACUACACUCUUCCCCUUUUGGUAAAGUGUUUCCUACCACCUUGUCCUAACAUCGUCGAUUGCUACAUAUCCCGGCCAACGGAGAAGAACAUCUUCACCCUGUUCAUGGUUGUGACAGCCUGCAUCUGCAUCCUUCUCAGCCUCAUCGAAGCGUCCUACCUCAUUGGGAAGAGAUGUAAGGAGGUUCUUCAGGUCAGAAGCGAAAGAUACAACCGACACCACAGUGGGACCCUCAUCCAUAAGGACGGUCGCUCUCUUCCCUCCAGUCAGCAGUGAGG